AUGUCGUAUAAUUCUAUGGAGACUGUGAACUCGCUUAAAAAAAUUUUAGUAAAAUUGACUGAGAAUGCUCAAGAAGAACCUUUGGCUUAUCCUAAAAUCUUAGAUGUUUUAGACAGACUUUCUGAAGUAAAAGUUGACUAUAAAGUUCUUAAGGAGACAAAAGUUGGCUUCCUUUUGAAGAAAUUGCGAAAUAGCAAUCCUCCCCCGGAAAUCUCAAAAAAAUUAAAACAAAUAAUUUCUCAUUGGAAAGCGAUUGUAGAAGUAGAGAAAAAGAAGCAUUUAACAGAGAAGAAAGAAGAAGAGACUUUACAGAAAAAGUCUUCCGACACUACUGCUCUCCAAGUGAGGGCUGCUACUGAGGAUACACAAACAAAAAAAAAAUUAAAAGCCGACACAAUUCCUAAGCAGAAAACUGGCAGUGCACAAAGGGAUCUUUUUAUUAAACAACUGGUAGCGAUUUUCAAUGGGGAGAAACAAGGAAGUCAGACCGAUUUCGUAAGCGUCGCUGUAGAAGUAGAGAAGGCGUUGUUUCAGCGCUAUAACUCAGCAGGCAUCAGCUAUAAAAAUGCAGCCAUUGCUAGAAGAGCUUGCUUGAGCGAAAAUUCGCAACUUCGGCAACUGCUCCUGUCUGGCGCGUUGUCUCCCUGCGAAUUUGCUAAGAUGAGCCCUGAGGAAAUGGAGACCAACGACUUGAAAGCAGCCAAAAAAGUUGCAAAGGAGAAACUUUUGCACAGCUGCAAACAAUCUACGAAAACUUUACAAACGACUCGGGAGUUUACCUGCGGGAAGUGCAAAAAUGAUCAUUGCCAGUUUUUCGAGAUGCAAACUCGUUCGGCUGACGAGCCGAUGACGAUGUUUGUGUUUUGCAUGACGCCCGGAUGUAAUAAUAAGUGGAAAAAUUGAUCAAAAUUUGAUUUUUUUAAAAAACAUUCCAAAAUGAUUGAGUGAAGUAAGCUAUUACUUUUGGAACGAAUUCAAACACUUUGUUUAAAAAAA